AGCCGGCUAUAAGAAGAUGAGCGACUCACCACCCACCCACACCACGGCUCGAUACGACCAAGAAGCCCCCAACUACUCACAAGCAGGCUCGACUGUGGACGGGAGAUCGUCCACUGGAUACAAUAGAACCGACGCAGAUACCAUUUCGCACCAGGAUUCCGUUUUCUCGUAUUAUUCGUUCAGAGACAUGGCCCAAUUCCUCAAGAGUGUUCAUGGGAGACAAUAUAAUGUGCUGAAUGAUGCAUACUUCUUGCCCAGUGACAACACAGAAUGGGAGCGACUGUAA